UAUCUGGGGCACGUGGAGGUCGAGGAGUCUCGUGGCAUGCACAUCUGUGAAGAUGCCGUCAAGAGAUUGAAGACGGACAGAAAGUUCUUCAAGGGCUUCUUUGCAAAAGCGGGUAAGAAGGCCGUGCGAGCGGUGCUCUGGGUGUCUGCGGAUGGCCUGAGGGUCGUAGAUGACAAGACAAAGGAUCUCAUUCUGGACCAGACGAUAGAGAAGGUUUCCUUCUGUGCGCCGGAUCGUAAUUUUGAGCACGCCUUCUCCUACAUCUGCAGAGACGGGACCACGCGCCGCUGGAUCUGCCACUGCUUCAUGGCCAUCAAGGACUCUGGCGAGCGUCUGAGCCAUGCGGUGGGCUGUGCGUUUGCUGCAUGUCUGGAGCGCAAACAGAAGAGGGAGAAAGAGUGCGGGGUCACGGCCACUUUCGAUGCCAACCGCACCACUUUCACACGGGAGGGAUCCUUCCGCGUCACCACAGCCACGGAGCAGGCCGAGCGAGAGGAGGUCAUGAGACAACUGCAGGAUGCCAAGAAAGACUCUGAGGGUGUGUUGGGCAGCUCCUCUGUCAGCGUGUCUAACCCUGUGGUCACCCUCGCUGGACCCAAUGGCUCGUCAUCCUCCCCUCCUCUGCCCAUGGCCACACUGGCCCCUCAGGAAGCCAAUCCUCACGCCAUCCCGCGACGCCACGCCACCGUGGAUGCUAUUGCGCGCCAGGGCUCGUUCAGGGGCUUCCCUGCGCUCAGUCAGAAGACCUCUCCCUUCAAACGGCAGAUGUCGCUGCGCAUGAACGAGCUGCCCUCCACCAUGGAGCGCAAGUCAGACUUCCCCAUCAAAAACACUGUGCCGGAGGUGGAGGGUGAGGGCGACAGCAUCAGCUCUCUGUGCACUCAGAUCACAUCCACCUUCAGUGGGCCUCCAGAGGACCCGUUCUCCUCCGCACCAAUGCCCAAACCCGCCUCCUCACCACAGUCACCCUCUGCUCCAGUUAAUGGUGCAGUUCCUGCCUUCCCGCCGCCUAGUGUCACUGUAACUACUGCAGCUAACUCACCCGUGCUGCCGCCCCCGCUGCCUGUCCGAGAGACUAACCCCUGGGCCAAGACCCCAAACACAGCCCCCACCACAGCACACAUAGGGAGCGAGUGGCCAAAUCCUACACCCGCAGCGGGAGCCCUACCCACCGUCAAUGCAAAUCUUUCUACACUUACCUCCUCUCACAAACGUACGCCAUCGGAAGCCGACCGCUGGCUGGAGGAGGUGACCAAGUCUGUGCGAGCCCACCAACCCGCAGCCGUCACGAGAACCAACACGCCUCCCACUCAGCAGCCCUUCCCCGUCCCAGCCCUCACCCCUAUGGCACCUGGCCCUUCUGCACCCUUCAUGCCAGGCAUCCCUCCAUCUGCGGUCCCUACCGUACCUCCACGCCAGCCGGCUUUCCACGCUCAGGCGCCGGCGUCCUUCCCAGUGUCCAAUGGAAUCCCAUUUGUGCAACCAACCUUUCCGGUGGUUGGCAUUACACCUUCGCAGAUGGUGGCCAACGUGUUCGGUUCUGCCACGCAAACUCAGCCCAUCCCGGUACCUGUUCAAGUGCCCCAGGCGCAGCUCCAGUCUUCACCCUUCUCCACACCACCAACAGGCCAGUUUGACACCCAGGCGGUGUGCAGCCCCUUCGGCAAACCACUCCUACCUCCGGUGACAAACGCCACAGUGCUGCAGCCACCGAAAGUCAAUGCCACAUUUAAUGGGGCUAACAGCUGGGCAGCAGUGUCGUCACCUGCGCAGUCUGUGGCAGUGCAGCAACAGGCCGAUGCCUUCGAGGCCCAGUGGGCCGCACUGGAGAGCCGCUCGCAGCAACGCACCGCUCCAUCACCCACAAACCCCUUCUCCACCGAGCUCCAUAAGACAUUUGAGAUCCAACUCUAAGGACACACAGUGCACACAAAGCGACGCUGAAGGACAAUGCGAUGGACAUUCAUGGAGAGACGACUAUAGAGGGAACGACCCCGCAAACCACUUCAGCUCCAUAUCUCCGUCUUUCGAUUUCUUUGUCUGUUCGUCCGUGUCUGGUUUUGGCUUGUGACAUGAACAAAUGGAGACAAGGGGGUUAAUGAAGGUGCCCCCCAGAAACGAAGCGAGUACAACAUUUGGCAUUUAUGGCGCAUUUAUGUCCAAGAUGAAUUAGAGUGACAAGAUGAUGGUAAAAGGAAUCUUUAGAUGCUCUAACGUUGACCCUGUAUUGUUCAGUACUCCCUCGACCCCGACUAACCCAUCUCACAGCGCCCCCUAGCAGGCUGGAUGACUGCUCCCUACCUGAAUGACGAGGCACUUCACAGACCUUCCGGGUUCACGAGGUUCUUGUAGAACUUCGCAAUCAGAAGAGGAAGAAGCAUGAGAAUGCCAAAAUCUUUAUUUUUAUGCAUUAAGUAUAUUUUAAAUAGCUUUGAAAUUUAACUGAAGAGCUGUAAAUAAUCUUUCCAAAGGUGCAGGCUUAUUUUGUGUGCAUACAGGAACAGAGCAUAUAUAUAUAUAGGCGUGAAGGGAUGGUUUUCAUUUCUCGUCUCUAUUCAGUUUUAGUCUUCUGGCCACCAUGCAUAGUUUGGAUGUUCAUCUUUUGUAAAUAGAUAAUCCAUAUGGACCCAGACUGGGUUCGAGGAUCUUUAAAUCACACAGAUCCCAGACAAUGUUAUCUAUCUUUCGUGCUGUCAUUUUAACCUUAUUUUUUUGUACUAUAAUAUGAGUACUUUGAUUUCUAUUGCCUACAUAUCGUUAUCAUUUUUUAGCACAUUUUUUAUGAAUUUUAACACUAUUGACAGUGUCAUCUGUCAAGCCACUUUUAUUUUAUUUCGAUAAGAAGAUUCUCAUUUUAGCACAAGCACUGUACUAAUCGAUCAUUUGGCCACUUACGGUUGAUGUGACAUCAGUCUGUGGCGUUAGUGAGCUAUGAUGUUCACUGUCUUGAAAUGACCUGUGUUUCCAACUCUACAAUGAUUGCAGUGAAUUUUUCCCCCUGAUUUUCAUGCAAUCCCAUCAACCCUUUUGUUUUAUCAGACGUAAAGAUGAUCGGUCCUGUUUUUAGGUUUUGAUUCCAUUUUGUAAGUAUUGCAUUGUAUUAUUCCAAUUCUUUACGGAAAAUUGAAUCUAAAAGAUUGAAUAAAACGUUGGUGGUAGAGGAAAGCGGUUCUGUGUGCUUCUGUUCCACAUACAGGAUUCAUGAUUUUCUGUGUGUUCUUGUAUCUAACGUCUGUGAUUGUUUUGCAACUGAGGAUUCUAAAUAAACUUCAUCGUAAGAUGUUUGGCCCAUGAACUCCAAGCUCUUGCGUGCUCAAGGAUCUCACAGUGAGCUCAAAGGAGGCAAAAGAGAUGCUGCAGCCUUCUGAAACAUCUUGAAAAAUGUUUGGUUUAUGAAUUAUUCUAUUGUAUGA